AUGCCGUCUCGAAAACGCCCUCUCGCAGCCAUCGACGGCGAUGAUGGCGAAAGUGAGCCGUCCUUGCAGCACCGCAUUCGAAAUAUGUGGCAGUUUGCGAAUCUAUGCCAAUGGAUCUAUAUCUUUGGCAAGGCUGCGAAAAUCGACGAAGCCAUUGACGUCGAGGAGAUUGAGGCAGAGUGCCUGAAACCAAACUCGACCAUGCUGACAGAUAUUGCCCUUGCUCUUCUCAAACUCGUUUCGUCGCAUCGCGGUUUAACGCAUGACAUCUUCGACGACCAAAUGCGCAAGCAGUUCACGAACAAAUCGCCGAAUUACAAUCCUUUUGGUACUGCUGAUGCACCCCUGAAAUUCAACGACUUCGAUAUCUUUACAAAGCGGAUAGAACCCUACGGUUGGGAUUCGAAUGAUAGAACGUACUUUGUGCUCGACGACAACCGAAUAUACCGACUUACAGAAGCCCCACCAAUCGUCAAAACAGCCAAGCCCAAGAAGUCAAGAUUAUCAUAUGGCAGCCGACGCUCAAGUAAACGAAGACGCAGUAAUAUGAACGCCGAAGAAGAAGCGACCGAAACGGAUCAAGAAACGAAGGAUGAGACGCCUUCAGAAAACGACGGCCUCGGCGGAAUGACAUGGGAAUGUCUUGCUGUAACUUUGGACGACGUACGAGCUGUUGUUGACGGUUUCCGUAAGACUCGCGACGAAAACGAAAAAAUUCUACGAGACCAGCUAGAAGAGCAUCUCGUACCGAUUUUAGAAAGGCAAGAACAAUCUCGACAACGGAGGGAACUACAGCGAGACCGCGAACUAGCAAAUGCAGCCAAAAUGGCAAACGCGAAGCGAUCGAGUCGAAUUGCUGGAAAGAUUGAACAGCAGAAACAUGAUGAACAUAUUCGAGAAGAGGAGCGACAGCGACGAGAAGAAAAAGCAAACAGACAGCGAGAAGAGCUAGCACAAACCAAGAAGGAAAAGGAGCGCGACAAACGUAUGAUCUCACGAGAACAGCGACUGCGAGAACGAGAGACCCGGCGUAUUCAGCACGAGGAAGAACUUGCGCAACUCUCAGAGGACAGCAAGAAUCUUUCAAGCAGUGGACGCGUUUCCGAGCGUCGUCUCAAAGUAGAGAUCGAAAGAAACAAGCAAGCUUUGAAAGAGCUGGAGGAGGAAGAAGAGGACUGGAUCUUUGACUGCACUUGCGGUCUCUAUGGCCAAGUCGAUGACGGAGCUCACAGCGUAGCCUGUGAGAGGUGUAAUGUCUGGCAGCACAGCAAGUGUAUGGGGCUUAGCGAAGAAGCCGCCGACCAGCCAGAGUUUCAUUACAUUUGUACGUCUUGCACUCGUCGUGAGCAAGAGGCCAAGCGGCCCAGACCAACUAUCAAACUGAAACUCAACCGUCUGACCAGUUCAGGCACAGAGCCAGAGAUGCGUGGGUCCCUGGGUCACGAUGGAUCGCUUGCCAAUGGGGAGCAGUUCCGAAGGGUUGACAAGACAUCUGAUGGAAGUCGCAACACAGUCAAAGACAGCGUUGAAGACGGCUUGGCCUUGCUGACCACUGCGCAUGGCACUACUGCAAAUGGCGCCGACUUCAUCAAUACAACGAUUGACGCCCGCUCAGGACCGACCAGGGGCUUGUUCGGUACACCCAAGAUGACACCGGUGAUCCCGGCACCUGUUAAGCUAGAUGCUAGCAUUCAGGGCAGCCCUUCAGGUAGCGUGGUCAUGACCAGUCCAAUGACGUCUUUCCGAACUCCCAGCCCUUCUAAAGGCAUGGACAGCUUUCAAGGGGAUAAGACAGUUGAAUCAGCGUUGAGUACACCUCAGAUCAGUCGCGAAAUCUACAGAGCAGCACACGAACAGAAUGGAACACUGCCCUCUACCGCUGGGCUCUCUCCGACAAAGCACUCGCCCCCUCGUCCGUUAGAUUCUGCCAAGUCAAACAGAUUCAAGGCUGCUACUCCAAUAUUACCUCCUAUCGCACUAUCGCCGUCCCCACAGCAUCAGAUUCUGACUCCGCCAACCAAGCACUCAGAGCCACCAAGACCGUUCGAAAACCGAUGA